UAUGUAAAGUGAUUAUUAUGAGAGUGACAAUAUUGAAGUUAUUCCAGAAGAGCAUAAUGAUAGAAUGGCACCGAAAGAGAAGGUCACUCUCAAAGAAUAGAUAGAAUUUCUUCAAUAAUAAACAACACUUUUAAAAUAAUCAAUGGAAUUGGAAUAGGAAUUAUAAGUAGAUAAUCCAAUUGCUUAUUUGAAUGCUAUAGAGAAUAAUUUAGAAUCUCUUAAAGUCACUAAUUUAUAAUAGAGGAUAUAAUGUUUGGCAAUAUUGGGAUCAGGAGCAGAGAAAUGUGUUACAUUAAAAUGUAUUUUACCAUAAUCAGAUAAUUUGAAACGUUUUCAAUAAUUGGAGAAAUAGGUUAAUUUAUUGGAAACAAUUGUUGGAUAGAAGAUAUAUCCAUAUAAUACAACCAUAAUGUAAGAUUUGAAUGAAGUGUAAUAAAUUAUCAACUCAAUUCAAGGAGAAAACAAAGAUAUAAAAUUAGGAUUUACAUAGAGUCUACCUUAAAUAGAUAAAAUAAAUGAAAUCUUUAGAUAAGUAUAAUUAUUGGUUGGUAUUGCUGAUUUACUACCAAAUAUAAUUACAAGAUUGGAACAAUUAAAAAAUGCUCAUGAUUAAAGCAUUUAAUAUUAAAAUUAAUUAAAAGUAUACAAUAUAAAUUUAAAUUAUAGGAAUUAUAAAUAAAACACACAAAAGUUUUGGAUAUGAUAUCUAAUAACAGAACUAGAAUCAAAGUUUUAUGUGCUAAACUUGCUUAGAAGUGA